AAAAUAAGUCGUUCGACUCGUCGUAGUCGGGAACCGAGUUGACAAGCGAGUUGAAGGAGUCAGAGACCGAGUUAAAUGAGUGAACUCAGGCGAGUAGGUGGAUGAAAUAGUCCCCUUAUAGGACCAAUUCCAAAGGCUGGCGCAUUUUCUCCUAUUGGUGCCCCUGGUGGAAGUUGCACCUAAUCAUCUGCAUAAAAGAGUGCAACAAUUUCUAACAGUACUUUGGAUAUGGUUGACUAUUUAUCGUUGUGCAGUCAUUUCAACCAGCUGUCGUCCCAUCUCCUGCUGCCAUUGCUGGGUGAAUGUGAAGCACUAAUCCUUCUUUGCGCCACCCCUACUGUUGCAGCAGCUCCUCCUGGAUGCAGCCUUCUAGUGCAGCUGCUUUCUGGAAGCACCCACGGACCCGUACAGGUGUUACAGGGAUGGAUUAUCAAUCAGCUGAUCCAGAGCACCUGAUGAAGCGUAUUCGCACUGUCCAAGCUGAUGAGGUGUCCCUUUCUGGUUCCAAUGUCUAUUCGCAAGAUGAUCCUCCAAAGGCUGUUGUCCGUACCCUUAGUCAAGGAUCUAAAGUGAGGAGCUCGCAUGGAGUUCCACCCACAACAACAAACUAUUCUUCUAGGUACUGUACGUUAUGGCUUUGUAGGAGUUGUGUUACUUGCUUUCCUGUUGUCUAUAUAUAGUCAGUAAUGGGUUACAUGCAGGAUGGGGUUGGGUCUAUCAGAAAACUCAUAGCCAUUGUUCAAGGAAUAUAUAAUUUUAAGUCUUAUUCUUACAAUAUUUUCACCAAGACCAGGGUAGUUGACACCUUCAUGCUAAACUUUGGUGCAAUAAGUAUCGUGAUCAAGAACAGCAACUGAUUCUACUUUAAAAUCAUUCCUGAUUCAGACAGCUCAGGUGAAUGAUGCUGCAAUAUGGGCGCCAGAUGAACUUAUGUUGGGUAUGUAACAAAGUUCUAAAAGAUAGUAGGCGUUAAUUGGGCGGUAAGCUGUGGUCUAGCGCCUAGGCAUAGCUUAGGCGGACUAGACGGAUUUUAGUAAAUUUAUUAUGCAUCAUAUAAUAAGUGUAUGCUAAAAAUACAUAACUGUAUUGUGAUACAUAAAUUAAUACAAAAUAGAAUGACAUAUAAAUUAUAAAGUAAUAAGCAGGUCUAGGCGUCAUUUUUUAAUUUUCAAACGCCUGUUGGAUU